CGUUUCCACAAAUUCAUUAUUCAUUAACUUCUUCAUAUAUUGUCAUUUUGCAAACGCUCUCCUCUACCGAACACUCCCACGCCAUUCCCUCUCUACCUUUGGCUUUCUGGAUUUGUUUUCUUCAUACAUCAACACGUAUUUGUGUGUGAUUUGAUUGUGGAUCGGUGAUUGAUCGGAACAGUGUUUGAAUUUGUUGAGAAGAAUGGGAACAUUGAGGGCGAUUCUGAAGAAUCCAGAUGAUUUGUAUCCAUUGAUAAAGCUGAAACUAGCGGCUAGACAUGCGGAGAAGCAGAUCCCGCCGGAGCCACAUUGGGGCUUCUGUUACUUAAUGCUUCAAAAGGUCUCUCGUAGUUUUGCUCUCGUCAUUCAACAGCUUCCUGUCGAGCUUCGUGAUGCUGUAUGCAUAUUCUAUUUGGUCCUUCGAGCACUUGACACUGUUGAGGAUGAUACCAGCAUACCCACCGAUGUUAAAGUACCUAUUCUGAUCUCUUUUCAUCAGCAUGUUUAUGAUCGUGAAUGGCACUUUGCAUGUGGUACGAAGGAGUACAAGGUUCUCAUGGACCAAUUCCAUCAUGUUUCGACUGCUUUUCUGGAACUUGGUAAACUUUAUCAGCAGGCAAUUGAGGACAUUACCAUGAGGAUGGGUGCAGGAAUGGCAAAAUUUAUAUGCAAGGAGGUGGAAACAACUGAUGAUUAUGACGAAUACUGUCACUAUGUAGCUGGGCUUGUUGGGCUAGGAUUGUCAAAACUGUUCCAUGCCUCUGGGACAGAAGAUCUGGCUUCAGAUUCUCUCUCCAACUCCAUGGGUUUAUUUCUUCAGAAAACAAACAUUAUCAGAGAUUAUUUGGAAGAUAUAAAUGAAGUACCCAAGUGCCGUAUGUUCUGGCCCCGUGAGAUUUGGAGUAAAUAUGUUAACAAGCUUGAGGACUUAAAGUACGAGGAGAACUCGGUUAAGGCAGUGCAAUGUCUCAAUGAAAUGGUCACCAAUGCUUUGUCACAUGUAGAAGAUUGUUUGACUUACUUGUUCAAUUUGCGUGAUCCUGCCAUCUUUCGAUUCUGUGCCAUUCCACAGGUCAUGGCAAUUGGGACAUUAGCUAUGUGCUACGACAACAUUGAAGUCUUCAGAGGAGUGGUAAAAAUGAGGCGUGGUCUUACUGCUAAGGUCAUUGACCGGACCAAGACUAUGGCAGAUGUAUAUGGUGCUUUUUUUGACUUUUCUUGUAUGCUGAAAUCCAAGGUUAAUAAUAACGAUCCAAAUGCAACAAAAACUUUGAAGAGGCUUGACGCCAUCCUGAAAACUUGCAGAGACUCGGGAACCUUGAACAAAAGAAAAUCUUACAUAAUCAGGAGCGAGCCUAAUUACAGUCCAGUUCUGAUUGUUGUCAUCUUCAUCAUACUGGCUAUUAUUCUUGCACAACUUUCUGGCAACCGAUCUUAGACCAUUUAGGUUUUCCCAGAACUGGAAGCAAAUUGCAGUUGAGUGAAAAUGAAAUGAAGAGUGACGCCCUUUUUACGCAUUUAUUUGAAGGGUGACUAGUCUCUUAGUGGGUGCAAUAUCCCUUUUACUUGAGGCGUUAACUUAAAUGUGAAGAAAACAAUUCAUAUUUGUAUUACUUGAGGACCUUUCCUGGAACGUUGAUGUUAUCCUUAUCUUCAUCUGCAGUCUGCACAUAAUAAUUUUCCGUUUCUAUUAAAGAUGGUGUGGCCUAGUGGUUAAUAAAGUGGGAAAAUGACUAUGAGGUUUCAAGUUUGAAUACAAACGCUAUGUGAUUACUACCUAUCUAUCUCCUAGUGAGUAUAGUUAACCCAUGUUAGUGGAAGGUAGCUAGUACUGGUGGAAUAUUGAAGUGUACACAAGUUGAUCCGACAUAACUGUUAUAGGAAAAUUUCUAGUCGUGCUCGGAAGUGAAUUGAAGGGUUUAAUU